AUGGCGCGUCAAUUAGUCUUCAUCACCGGCGCAACAGGUUUCCUUGGCAGCGCCACCGCGAUGGCAGCACUCAAAGCGGGAUAUCGAUUGCGAAUCUGUGUUCGAAAGCCCUCAGACAAAUUACAGGAUCUGCUGUCAGGGUAUAGCGAGCAAGUGGAAUUUGUUACGGUUUCCGAUUGGACAGCUGAAGGUGAAUUCAGAGGACAGUUGGAUGGAGCAGACUAUGUCAUCCAUCUCGCACAUCCUCUUCCCAGUGGCACCGAUAAGGAGUACUAUUUUACUCCAGCUGUGAAAGCGACGACUGCCUUGCUCAAGGAGGCUGCUCGAGUACCAAGUAUCAAGAAGGUCGUGAUCACAUCAUCGAUUGCGGCCUUGAUGCCCCUGGACGGCAUACCGUCUGGCGGCGUCGUCAAAGGUGCGUUUUCAGGGUUCCUGGGCCGCCUACAUCGUAACUGGACUGAUAUCAUCCCAGAGGACAACGACUGGGACUUCGAUGUCGACGAGACUGAGGACUUCACAGCCUCUAAUGACCCACGAGGAAUACCUAUGCGGUUGUACCAUGCAUCUAAACUGCUCGCCAAUAAAACAGCAUGGGAAUUCCAGAGGACCGCCAAGCCGCAGUAUGCCUUGGUAACACUCCAUCCUGCAUUUGUGUACGGACGCAACCCGGCGCAGACCACUGCUGAGGAGAUCCAGGAAUCUUCAAAUGGUCUUCUGUGGUACGCUAUCAUGACAGGCGUCCCUCAUCACUCUUACUCCCAGGUUCCUGGUGUGCAUAUUAAUGAUGUGGUUGAAGCACACCUCAAGGCCCUGGAUCCAGCCAUCCCAGACGGGUCGAGGUAUCUGCUUUCAGCGAAGGGCGGGACCUGGAAAGAGGUGGCAGAUGUCAUUCAGCGGAACUAUUCAGACCUUGGGGCAAAGAUCACACCAGACAUUGAGGAAGACUUUCUCUCAACCGACAGUAGCAAAGCAGAAGCAGAGUUAGGGAUGCGAUGGCACUCAUGGGAGCAGAUGGUGCGGGAUGUGGUAGACCAGCAACUGGAGUUUGUGAAAGUUUGA